CCGAACCGGCGGUUAUGCGUCAACUCAUAUGAUCAUUACACGUUUCACAUCCACGUCGUCCCUCACCUCGCCAAUUUAUAUUUCAUGUCCCGAAUCGCUUUGGAGAGCAUCCCUGGUCUUACGUUUUACAACAACGCGCUUACAGCAGCACGCCGUACCAGUCCCAUCGCUCAACUGGUAUGCGUCGGGAAAGCGUGCGGGUUGUAUCAGCCGGAUGUCGUGCGCUGCAGUAAUAUCGGAGGGUCGGGUACGGAUGUUGAUUGGAAGUGUGAAGCAGAUCUCCCGUCCUCCUUGCGUUUCGGUCGAGUGGAGGUCUCUUGCGAGGGGUGGAAUGGCCCUGGGGAUCCCUACGUCAUGAAAGGCUCCUGUUCUCUGGAAUACAACCUCGUCCAACUUCCUGGUACACUCCGCGACGACUCCGACUCAACCUGGUCUCACUCUUACGCCCGUCCAUGGUUCAGCAACCUCGAUAAAUCUGGCAUCUUCUUUAUGUUUGUAUGGAUUGUUGUUCUUGCUGUUAUAAUCUACAGCUUCAUCCGACCUUUCUUGCAUCGCAACGCGUCAGCCACAGCACCUCCCUCUUAUCCUGGUGGUGGACAAGGGAGGUCGGGUUUCCCGGGCUCUUAUCACACUAGCCCACCCCCGCCUUACACCAAAGAUGCCAGUUCAGGGUUCACAAAUAGCGGUGCGCAGUGGCAGCCAGGGUUCUGGACUGGCGCCGCGCUUGGGGCGCUAGGAAACCAUCUUAUAAAUCGUGGCCCGUCGCAAGCUCGGGAGUAUGACUGGGAGAGAGAGAGGCGCGUGCCUCUUAGUUCGAGGAGCAGACUUGUGCCUGGUUAUGAUAGCCAGGACAGAGGAGAGGGGUCGUCUGGCUUGGGUGCGAUGAGGACUAGUGCGGGGUAUGGGGGUUCGAGUAGUAGGUGAUGGAAUGUCACAAUCACAAUGUACGGAUUAAUUGCACAGAUAAGCUAUACUAGUCAAACCUCGACGAGACCUAUCUCGAGGUCCGCGUCACCCCGUGU